CCUUUUUGCACCCCCCUUUCCUAUUCUGGCCGAUUGUCUGACUCCGUGUCUCGUCUGCUCUUCCUCAGCGUCCAGUUCGCUCACACGGCACCAUGCCUCGCAAGAUUGAAGAAAUCAAAGAUUUCCUGCUGACGGCCAGGAGGAAGGAUGCCAAGUCCGUGAAGAUCAAGAAGAACAAGGACAAUGUAAAGUUCAAGGUGCGCUGCAGCAGAUAUCUGUACACGCUGGUCAUCACUGACAAGGAGAAGGCCGAGAAGCUCAAGCAGUCUCUUCCUCCUGGUCUGGCUGUCAAGGAGCUGAAGUAAAUUUAUGAUGUACAGAAAAUUGUAAUAAAAAUUGGAAAACUCAA